GGCUUCACUCCGAGGCUCUCAGGAUCGUUCUCCUCGACGGCACGGGCUGCACGGUGGAUGCGCGCUUUCUCAGGGAAGGUGAGUUCGUCGAUGUUGGUGGCAUCGUCCCUUUUCCGUGCCAUUUUGCGAGGAUUUUGGACAGGAUUCCGGCGAUCUCCGCGUUCCCCGGCGAGGGCGUGUCGGUACACGUUGCGGGGCCGUCACGUACGGGGACUAGGGCCACCGCGGUACACGGGCACGAUCGCACGCCCCUGGGGGCGCGUCGCCGCCCACCUCCUGUGACAGAUGGACCCGGAGUCCUUGGGCACGCGCCGGCCCGCCAUGGCCCUGAUGCGCGACACGUGGGGGGAGGCGCAUCCGACCGCCAUGAGCGCAGCGGACCUAGGGUUCCCGGGGGCGCUGCGGAUAUAAAUCACGCAUCCGCCGCCCCCUCCCCCAUUUUGGAUCUGGACGAGGGUUUCGCUCACUUCUGGAGCGCUCCGCCUCCUGUCAGAUCUAGGGUUCGUCAAUCCUUCGUCUGGUGGGAAGGCAAAAUCUAUGGUGAUAGCAGAUCCUUUGCGCAAGUAGUUGCUUCUUCCCACCCCACAAAUCCACCCGUUCCCCCUAGAGCUGCUGAGAUGAGAGGAGAGGGCUUCGGUGCGGGCCGCCAUGGCCGCGGGGCUGGUCGCUUCGACCGCGGUCGCGGUCGCGACCGUGAAUUCGACCAUGUGUGGAAGCGCAAGCCGGAGACGGUGCAUUCGUCCUCAACCAGAGCUUCGGGAUCUGCCGGGUCCGGAUUCGACAAGUGGGAUGAGGCCGCCGGCGAACGCCACGCCAGCAAUGUUCGUCUGUCCCGCUGGGACGACAACACGGAGGCAGGACAGGAGCAUGCCGGGGUGGAGGCGACGGGGAAGCUGAUGGCCCCUUCCUCACAUGGAAGGCAGGGAGCCCUGGACAGCGACGACGCAGAUCUGCGCGCCUCCACCAAGAACAAGGCCACUGCGGGGGAUCGAGAUCUCCACACUUCCUCUGUUACUCCCACUGUGGCUAGUCUGAUCUCCUUUGCCACGAAGGGCGCCGCCGUUCAGCAUCGAAGCGACAGCCCGCCCAAAGAUCAAGUUCGCCUCUCUCUCUCUCUCCGUCUCUUCAACGAAUCGGUGGAUGCCUUCUGCUCUUCACUACCCGACGACCAUGAUUCCGCAUCCAACCUCGCCAGCCCUUGUGAUCGCUAGAAUCCAUGGCCGGGAGGUGCGAGUCGGAUUCGAGUGAGGACCUGCAGCAACCCCCUUUUACAACCGAGCCCUGCCUCCCUAGAUGUAUACCAAAGAGAAGGAGUGAGGGGGGUUUAGAUGUUCUGUCUUGAAGAUGUUAGCUGCCCCUGCAUGGCCAUAGCUUAUUAGUGCCUCCGUCCACCAUCUUUUGAUAAUGAGGCUUGCAAAUUUAAGUAUUGUCCAUUUUGAUAGUGGGAUUCAUACGUGAGUAUCAUUGAGGUACUAAGCAGAUAUGCUUUUACAAUUAUAUAAGGUGUCUUAAGUUAGUAUAUGGAAAGAUUUGUACGUAGUCAUUUUGUGAGGGUGUCACUAUAACUUCCACAAUCUUUACCUUGUCACUUCAUGUUGUAAGCUAAAGUUGCACAUAAUUUAUUGCUUCAUGUUGUAUUUGUG